UAAAGAAAGCUUGUGAGGAAUCAAAAGGUGAAUAGUUGACUUCUGAAUAAAGUCGAAAUUGUUGGUUUGGUAGUUUUAUUGGAUCUCUUUCCAUUUGGAAAGGCAAACUACUGAAAUUAUAAGGUUAUGGUUGCAUUGGGUUUACUUUUCUAGACAUGGGACUCCACUUGAUGAUGAACUCUUUUUCUUAACAUGGAAAGACACACAUCAUCGUAGCCUUUGAAAGGCAAAAGACAUUGUGGGACAUCAGAGAAUGCUAAAAGGGAGGGUGUGUCCGUUACAUUUCGAUGCGACCGCCUCUCCUAUCUCUGCCAAUGUUCAUGACCCAAUUAGCGGAAGAAAAAAAAAAGGAGAUCUUUUUGAGGUUUUUUCAUUGCAUUGUCCGACAAAGAAGCGAACUGCUUUGGCCGAAGAGACAGCAGUCCGAUGUUUAUGAUAACUUUAUCAGCUUUUCCCCUCAAGAAAACACUUUACGUUCCCCACUUUCUUGUGGGAACCAAAUGAAGGAAGCAGAAUCGGACUUUUCGAACAUGAUGUUCAUGCCUAGAGAAAACAUCGUUUCCCAUGUUUCUUUUUGUCAAGGAAUGCGAUUUAUGUCUGCAGUUGGGAAUUGGCAUCACCAUAAGUUGUUAAAAAAAAAAAUUGAUUCUUUUACAGAAUCCCACCAAUUAUUUGGCUCCAAAUCUCGCAAAUUGCAAUGUCAUUGUCUCGUACUAUUAAGUCUCACAACCUAAAAUCACAGCCACGCUCCCCGCAUCUUCUUCUCCGCUCCCUCCCAAAACUUCCUCAGAUUCCUCCAUUCAUUUGGAUUUUGACUAAUCGGCUCCAGAAGAAUCCGAUUCCUUCCUCCGACGCAACUGCUAUUCGCACUUUCUUGAGACUGUGCGAUCCGGCGAUAGUCCGAAGGCCAUGGCGUCGUCGGGGACGUUGAGCUUGAUCGAGCGAGCCCACCAGAUGUAUCGCGACGGGCUAUACGAAGCCGCCCUCGGCUUCUACACGGAGGCUCUCGCCAUGGCCAAGACGAGGCCUCAGAGGAUCGCGCUGCACAGCAACAGAGCAGCUUGCUAUCUCAAACUGCACGAUUUCAAGAAGGCAGCUGAAGAGUGUACUUCUGUCCUUGAGCUUGAUCACAAACAUACAGGCGCACUGAUGCUACGGGCGCAGACCCUGGUUACACUGAAGGAGUAUCACUCGGCGCUCUUUGAUGUGAACAGACUCAUUGAGUUGGAUCCUUCAUCAGAGGUGUACAGGAACCUUGAAUCUCGUUUGAGGACCCAACUGUCAUUGGCUCCAAUACCUGAAUCUGAGGCAGAGCUAGAAGAAGAUGAAGAAGUAAGAGAGAGUGCAUCUGAUAUCAAAGGAGAUGAAGCCGAAAUAUGUCAAGAUGCAGGACUUAAUGCAGCUGGCGCAGCUCGAGGAACAGAUCGAGAAAAUGAGUCUGACAUGACAAAUCUUGCUCGGUCUGUCUCUAGUGAAGUACAGCCUGUCAAGGAAUCAUUUGAACAAAGGCAUGAUGAGAAGGCUGACCGCGUCGAGACUAUUCCCAGCACACAAGUCAACGUCCCUAUUGCCCAAGGCACCAAGGAUAACUCCACAGGAUGGCAAGCAAUCCCUAAACCAAAGGGGCACUCAACGCUGGACUAUGCCCGUUGGGAUAGAGUUGAAGAUGAUUCUAGCGAAGAUGAUGAUGAGGAAGAUGAUGAAGAGUCUCAGCCUCAGUAUCGCUUCCGUGUAAGAACGGUCGGUGUGCGUCCAGUGAAAUAAUUUCCCGGUCACUCAAGACAUAUCUGAUCCCUCCAUUUUUCGCGGCACAAAGGAUAUUAAGUCAAAGCUGUUUAGAUCAGGUGACUUUAUUAAAAAAAAAAAGAGCUUUUCCCGAUUUGAGUCCCUUUGAGUGACGUGCGCGAGAUGAUACCCAUGGUGUACAAAACAAAGAUCCAUCUCUUGCACCGGGUUCUCAGAUCUGUUAUGAUGGUCUACUUAGUACAGCUCUUGUACAGGAGAUGAGGGGGGA